CCAAGCGACACACCAUUUGGCAGUCGUCAGAUUGGCACCUAUGCUUCUGUGUCCUUGUACCACGAACCUGUGAUGGAACUUUUUCAGAUAAGGAACGGAAAAUAAAGUGAAGCGGUGUUUUAUCAUGUAUUUUCCAGCAGGUCUUCUUGAAAUUUAAAAAUAUGACAUCUUUUUCUUCAGACAGCUGCUCUUUUCAGAACCAGUUACAUCAAACAAAUCAGCCUCUAGAUGCUACUUUUCUGUUGUUCUUGAUCGUACUUGGGAAAAUAUUACUAAAUAUCCUCACAUUAGGAAUGAGAAGAAAAAACAGCUAUCAAAAUUUUAUGGAAUGCUUUUGUGUUUCAUUAGCAUUUGUUGAUUUUUUAUUUUUGGUAAACAUUUCCAUUAUAUCCUAUUUCAGGGAUUUUGUACUUUUAGGUAUUAGGUUUACUAAAUACCAUAUCUGUCUCUUUGCGCAAAUUAUUUCCUUUACUUAUGGCUUUUUGCAUUAUCCAGUCUUCUUAAUAUCUUGUAUAGAUUAUUGCCUGAAUUUCUCUAAACUCACCAAGCUAUCUUCUAAAUGUCAGAAGGCGUUUUAUUUCUUUGCAGUAAUUUUGAUUUGGAUUUCAGUCCUUGCUUAUGUUUUGGGAGAACCAGGUAUCUACCAAAGCCUGAAGACACAGAAUAUUUCUUACCAAUGUCCUGUCUAUGUCAGCAUUCAGAGUUACUGCCUGUCACUUUCCAUGAUGAUAAUUUUAUUCAUGGCUUUUAUAACCUCUUGGUCAGAAGUUAUUACCUUGGUACAGGCUAUUCAAAUAACUUCCUGUAUGAAUGAGCCUAUCUUGUAUUUUCCUUCUUCAUCCCUCCCUAGUUACAUUGUAAACUCUAAAAGAAUAUUCUUGCCCAAGCUCGUUGUCUGUUUUCUUGGUACCUGGUUACCAUUUGUACUGCUUCAGGUAUUCAUUCUUUUACUUAAAGUACAGAUUCCUGCAAAUAUUGAGUUGAACAUUCCCUGGUUGUACUUUGUCAAUAGUUUUCUCAUUGCCACCAUUUGUUGGUUUAAUUGUCACAAGCUUUAUUUAAGAAAUAAAUACCUCAUUACCCAUAGAUCCAUUUGUCAACUGGAAAUGCUGCUUCAUUCCACUUACAAUGCAUAAUUUUGGACAAAUUGAAAAGCCUAUAUCAAUAAUAAUUUGUUAAUAUGUUACCAUCU